GAAAUAUAAUAUCAGGAACAUAGGUCAGAGAUAAACGUUAUCAUGAAUGAUAGCAAUAGAUAACAGAUCUAAACAAUGCAUUCCUUAUUUAUAUAUAAGGCACUAAAGUACUAAACUUUGAUAUUAUUCAAGGCAAAAUUAGAAAUAUACUUUAUGAUUGUUCGCGUUGGAGAUAUGCUAUCAAAAAUAGAUUAUUUACAUUCUUCAAGCAUGCACGUAUGAUAGCUAUGCAUAUAAGAGCAUCCAAUAUCAAGUUUAGUUCUGAAUGUUCAACGAAGGCUAAAUGAAUUUUCCUCCUUAAAAAUACAAUUUAUGAUACUCAAUGAUAAUUCGAACUGAAUAAAUAAUGUAGAACUACGUCGGAUGUAAUGUAUAUUCUGAUGUACGUCCAUUCAUAAGCAUGAAGAACUUCCUUCGGAACCGAAGGGAGUGCAUUUUCCCAAAGGGGAAAACUUCUUUUCACAAGACUCCGAAAACAACCUUGGCUAGAAUACAAUAACUCUUAUGAUACUUCUAAGUUCUGUUCGUUGUUAUUAGCUUGCUACAUCUAUUAACAGCUCGUUAGCGCAGUCAUUAACUCGCGCUUCCAUGAAAAGACGAUUCACCGAUUUUUCCAGACUGCUUUUACUUUUUAUCAGCCAACGUUACUUAUUACUUAAAUAGUAAUUUAAUACUAAAUAGUAACCUUGUUAUUAGAUGCAAGUUACUUUGCAAAUGAAAAUUCCGCGCAAUCUGACUGAGGAUAAAAAGCCUCCGUCGGUAAUUUAUCAUAAUUGCAUUGGUGCACAUAAAUAUUCCUUCCCAUCGAAUUCAGAAUUUGAGAACCUGUAAUGAGCUCGUAAGCAGCUUUCUCUUGAAACUUCGUUUGUCGCAGGCAAAUUCGGAGAUCGGGUUGGAAAUUGGAGAGGGUGCGGUGGCGUGGUUUCUCCCUGGCUAAGCACAUAAUAAAAAGUAUAUAGAACAAAUGGGCGGCUAAACUCGCCGUAGCAUGGCAUAAUGAUAACACGCUCGAAUAAUAAGGAUAGCCAACAGAGGAGACAGGGUUGGAUACGCACGCGUGGGCCUGCGUUUGGGGCCCGUCUUCCGCUUCCACUCCGGUGAACGUUCUGGCUUUAACUCCGGCUCAGUUCCACUACGUGCCUCCAGCAUUGUACUCCGACGUCCUAGAUACACUCGAUUUUACGUCCACCGGGCUGUUUUCUUUUCUUCUUUCUCAGCCAUCUCAGCUGCUUCCUGCACCGAGGUCCGCCUAUCCUCGUCAAAUUACAAUACUCAACAAUUAAUAAUACCUAGGUUCAACAACGUUUGAAAGGAAAAGAAAAAAGAAAAAAAUUUGUGCGCUGUGAAAGAAAGUUUAAUCUAGCGAGCAGUUUCGUUCGCUGAAUUUCUCGGUUCCAAAUUUGACUGUAAAACUUACCGCGAUAGAUGAAAUUAUUAUUGUCGAACGCGUUGUACGAGACGCGGUAGAAUUUAAUUUUCCGCUACGAACGACAACGAAAGUGAUGGGCAUUACAACGUGUCAAAGUUUUCAUCCGUAACGUAAUCUUUUAACUUCCUAACGGGACUGUUUUAUUUGCUGAAGAUUAGAAAGUUUGCCUUGCCCGGAUAAGUCCUGAAUUGACGUUUCUGUCGUUGUGGUUUGUGAGCACCGACGAUGGCGCUGCAGGAUCUCCACCGUUGUCGCGAAGUCUCUUUCGAAUUUCACAACAGCUCACUUCGUCUUAUGUUCUUCGACGGUGAGAUUCCCGAUGUUGAUUGGUGACUACAGAACAUCGUCCCUGAAACCAUAAGUUAACAUCUAUCUUGUUAAUUCAAACCAAACUUGUGACGACGUUUCAAUUUCACGCAAAUGCCGGGAAUGUUUGUGUUCUAAAUCGAACCUUUUACAUCGAAGUGCUUGUAGUGUUUUGUAGCCCAGUGAGACAGAAAAACAUACAUACAGAAUAUAUAUAUUCUAUUGAAAAAGUAAAAAAAAAAGAAAAAUUCAAUACGCACUGUUACGGAAGAAAUUGCAAAAUGAUGGCGCUAGUCUCGAUUAUGGAUCAGUGAUCGAUUAUUCGCGACAACUUAUCGAUUCGACUUCCGACAGAAUUGAUAUCGAUAACAGAUACAAGGAGGAUAGGUGUUAUCGAUAAUAAUCGACGCUGCCAUCUUACAAACGAAUACGUGAAUUUAACAUACAGAAACUUACACAUACAAACGAAAGUGUUUCAACGAAAAAGGACAAUUACAGAUAUUCAGUUGAACUUGCGAUAUUCAUUCAACUGCAAAUUUAAUUCGCAGCUUGUCAAGAUGAAGUCCACUCGUUUCCAAAGCAUCGUUGCAAUCGUAUUUUCGAUCGUUGUCCGAAUCACUGGCGAGCAAAGAUUCGCGGAAACUCCAGCGCUGUAUCAAGAAGUAUCGUCCGGUGAUGACGUGCAGCUAAGGUGCAGGGUGCAGGACAAACGAGGCCAGUGCAUCUGGCAAAAGGAUCGGAAACCAGUGGGAAUGCAUCCGGAUAAAUACGAAUGGGCCAGCGGACGCGGCAGUGAUUGCACUCUCCUUAUCAGGAGAGCCUCCCUUGACUUCGAUGAUGGUUACUGGGAAUGUCAAGUCACUUCCGGCGACUUCACGCGGCAAGAUGCACUCACUUCCUUGCCGUCUCGCCUUUUAGUCAGGGUAAAACCCCGGAAGCCACGGUUGGAAUACGGAGGGACGAUUUUAAACUCGGCGCUGACCCUAAGGGAGAGCCAGGAAGCUACCAUUUCCUGCGUGUCGAGAUAUGGAAACCCACCAGCCCUUAUCAAAUGGUACAUAGGAGGAGAUGAAGUGGAACCAUUGAGAGAGCAGACAAAUGCGACAGAAGUGGAUAGUCCAAAGACCUGGGCAGCCCACAGCCUCCUCCGGGUCCGUGGACAAAGGGAGAACCAUGGUCUGCCGAUUCGAUGUAUCACGAUGCAUCCAUCCAGCAUCGUUCCAGCCUCUGCGGAAACACGACUGGAUGUACAUUACUCGCCGGAAGUGAGACUAGAGACGAAACCUCGGCUGCUGGUGGCAGCUUUGGAAGAUUCGGCCAGCUUUAUGAGCCUGAAAUGCUUCGCAGACGGCAAUCCCAGCGGAACGAUCAAGUGGUUCAAGGAUUCAGCUCCCAUCGUGGUAACAAGCAACGUGGUGGCGUUGAUGCUAAACAGAACGCAGCAGAACGGCACGAUGACCGGCUCCGAGUUGAGAUUCGAGCCGGUCAAGAGAAACGACGCCGGUCUCUAUUCUUGCAAGGCGGUCAACGCUAUCGAUGGUCCGAAAUUGAAACCAGAGGAUCCAACUCGCAAUGACACCGUGCAAAAGUACGAGGAAACGACUCUGCUUGGCACAAGCUUGGAACCCUUCGAGUGUACAGAUUUUGAGGCGAAUCCUCCAGCUCAAUACCGUUGGAUACACGUCCGCGGUGGCAUCACAGAGACCAUCGAAAAUCCGCUGCAGACGAAGGACGGUGGCAAACGCCUGCGUUUGGAGAACGUGAUGUGGUCCGACGAGGGGGAAUAUCGAUGCGUGGCGUUCAACGUGAUCAACGGAGUGCGAAGAGAAAUGCCUAGCGAGGCUCGUUACGUGCUCCACGUAACCGGACCGCCUGAGAUACAGGCGAGGCCUUCUUCUUCCGGUGGAAAGGGCAUUUACGAGUCGUUGGGAUGGGCUGGCGAACCGGAACACACAUUGAAGUCUCGCUUCUGCUCGAGACCGCCGCCCAGGCUCGUUGCUUGGCAAUGGGGAAGCGAGAGCAUUCACCCAAAAUAUGAAGCACUGUCGUUAGAGCACAUCAACGAAGACGAUAUGCCUACGAAUUGCUACUGGGCGAAGCUAGUGAUCAAGGAUCUCCAAAUCGAGGACGCUAGGAUAUACACCCUCCUAGUAGAAAGCGAAAAGGGCAGAGACUCCACCAAUAUCAAGUUGAUUAUUCGCGACCCAACGGAAAUGAGAGUAAUUGCCGCGGCUGCUGCAGUUGGCUUGUUGUUUGUUCUUCUUCUGAUAUCUAUCGCCGUCUAUUCGGGCUUGAGAUUGAAGAACAGAAGAUAUCGUCGCGAAGAGGAGGAAGGUAGCAUCGCCGCUGAUGCGUUUUACAGUAAUACACCAACGACAGAUAGACAGAAGAACGGGAACUCGUCUCAGAGUAAAGGAUACGCGAGGAAAACGAACUCGGACGGUGGAUUGGCUGUUACGUAUGAUUAUGACCAGAUUACGAAACAGAUGCGCGCCAUGAGUCCAGAAGCGCUGAAAGUCAGGCGAGCACCAGCUGUCCUCCAACCACCAACCAUUGUGUGACUGUUACUGUACAAUGACUGACGGUGAAUUGUUCUGUUAUUGACUUGCCUGUUGUUGACCAUAUUGCGCAGAUCCACUAAAAACAGGUCAAUAUUUUGUACUAUUCGCGACUGAAAAGUUUUGGACUUUCCAUGGUAAUACUUAGAAAAUUUUCAUUUAUUUUUCUCCUAAUCUCUCUAAUGACAAGAUCCAUAAAUAAUUUGGCAAUAUGUUUUCAUAUUGUCAUAGAUGAAAUUGAAUGGAUGUGAUAAUUUCAUUGUAAAUGUUAUCUUGAGUACUUAACUGAUCAAUUUUGAGGAAUUUUGUUUACUUUGAGAAUUGAACUGUUAUUACUAUUGCUGUUAUAUUUUAGAUUGAUUUUAAGCUUUAUCGGUGUAAUUUUGCGUAGAAAGGUUCGUAAUACUACUUGCGCAACACACAAAUACACUUUUAUAUUAAUGUACUAGAAAUUAGAGUUUUAGUAUUCGCGUGACUGAUCUCGUUGUUGAACAUCGUUUCUCUUGUAACAUACUCGAAAUCUUACAACGAUACAUAUUUUUGCGAUAUUUUUAUGUAAAAAGUAAUGCCUAAUAAUAAAUAUCUGUACAUAUUAGAUUAUUAUAUAAGGGAGGCAUUGU